AAGAAGCAAACUACUCAGUAGUCAUUGUAGUCCACCAAACAGAUUGACUUACUACAACUGUACCUUCAAAUUUCUUCAUCAUUGAAUAAUUAUCUUGCAAUGACUUCGGUUUCUUAAUCCACAAACAAUAUCAAUGCUUAACCGUCAUUUUAUUGUUGAUGAAGAAGUUGUAACCUCUUCAAUUAAUGGACUUGAGUGAUUGAUGAUGUGAAGAGUUAAACAAAAAAAUAGGUAAAAUUUAUAGUGGCAGAUUACUAAUGAGCAAAGUAUUAGUGCGGUCUAUAAAUUUAUGAAUCUGAGUCAAUUAAUUUAAACUUAAUUAUAUAUUUUAAUCAAUUAAAACAAUAUUCUAUAUCUUUAGGCCCACUUUUUUAGGCCAAGUGGGGAUAAUAUUCUUCAUUUCUACAUCUACUAACUCCCAAAUUGGUUCAUUGAGGUCCAUACUUUUUUUUUACAAUUUAUCAAGGGUAAAUAAAUUUCAAAAUAUAAAAUAUUUUUUUAAUUGAUUAGAAGAAUUAAAUGUGAACUAACUGAUUCUGACGUACAAGUUCAGAAACUACAAUAACUCUUUACUCGAUUAAUAAUUGUGACGAUUCUGGAGUUGAGAGAUUUUUGGGUCUUCUAAGAGCCCAAUUCAAUAAAAACAGAUCAAAUAAAGAAAUUCAUCAUCUUUACUUGUAUUGUUCCUUGGUAAUUUUCAAAAAACUUUUUGUGUUUAAUAAUAUUUUAUUAUGGAAAUCAAAUUAGAAUUUUAGCAAAUUUGAAAUUUUCGUAUAAAUUGUUACUAUUUUAUCUAGUUGACACAGCCUUUGAUAAAUGACAAUCUGAUAGUUUUGAAUCUCUUAGACUCCUUUUUUUUCAAACUUUAGUAUUCAUUUGAAUCAAUGAAAUUUUGAUGAUCUCUAAUCUAUUGAUAAAGUAAGUUAAUAAAAAGUUAUAGCUAGUAAUCAUGUGUGAUUAUUCCGACAUAUUGACAAUUUUUUUUUAUAUGACCAUAAGAUGUCCUGAACGAAUUCCAACUACGAAACGGCAUCUUUAAACUUUAUACAUUUAAACUAAUAUCUACUGGAGUCAAUUCCCUGCGAAGCAAAAUAGGUGCAUUCAUGAGUCAUAUGGUGAACAAAUAAAUGAAAAACUUACUGCAACUACCGGCUACUUGUACAAUUUUACUGAAAGUCAGUAGCUAUAUAAAUAGAAAGCUUCAAUUAGUUCUCCAAGUACCAAAGUUUUCAUACAACAAAUUAAUUGAAACAAAAAAAUAUGCCAUCACCAAACUCAGUAAAAAUACUGGAUGUCUGCAAGGUUGCCCCGGCAACCUACUCACAGGAUCAAUCAGCCACCGAGUUAUCUCUCCCGCUAACCUUUUACGACUCAACAUGGCUCAAAUUCCCUCCAACUCAAAACCUCUUCUUCUACAAAUUUACAGAACAUUCAACAAAAUCUGCUGUCUUCCAUUCAUCAAUCUUCCCUACACUCAAACAAUCACUCGCGGAGACACUCGUCCACUUUCGCCCUCUUGCUGGUCACCUUACUUGGCCUCCAAGUAACCCGAGUCGUCCCGUCAUAAUUUACAACUUUCCAAAUCAUGGCGUUCCACUCGCACUUGCAGAAUCGGACACCGAUUUUGAUCAGUAUGUCACCACGGAGAUCCAAGAUGCUGCGGCUGCGCGUCCUUACGUACCUGAAUUGCAUAUAUCGGAGACAAUGGCAUGGACUAUGGCUCUGCAAGUAACAUUAUUUCCUGGAAAAGGUUUUUGCAUUGGCAUCACUACUCACCAUGCAAUUUUUGAUGGAAAAAGCGCUUUUAUGUUCCUCAAAGCUUGGGCUGAUAUGAGUAAAAAAAUGCAGAAUGAAAAAUUGCUACCUGUCACUCUGUCUCAAGAACUAAUUCCGUCAUUCGACAGGACAGUGAUCAAAGACCCUGCUGAGUUUGAAUCUAUGUAUCUGAACCAUUGGUUAGCUGUGAAUGGAUUAGAAUCACAGCAUUCCAACGCAAGAAGCUUGAAGGUAUCAAAUUUCUUCGGAAAUAUUCCGAAUGAUUUUGUUCGAUCCUCGUUCUAUCUGAGUCCUGAAAACAUCAAGAAAAUCAAAGACAGAGUGAUUCUUUAUUACCAAAAACAGAAGAAUUCAGCAAAACGUCUACAUCUGUCUACAUUUGUGCUUACAUGCGCUUAUGCAUUAGUAUGCAUGGUGAAAUCGAAAGGCGUAAGUAAUAAAAAGGUGGCGUUUGUGUUCGGAGUGGACUGCAGAAAUCGCUCGAUCACAAACCCUCCGAUUCCAUUAAAUUAUUUUGGUAAUGCUAUUGUUCUUCAUGACCUGGUUGUAGAAGCAGAAGAUUUCGUUGAUGAAAAUGGAGUCGCAACCGUAGCAGAAAAGCUGAGUGACUAUAUAAAUGGACUGGAGAAGGGACUGUUGGAAGGAGCAAAAGAGAGGCUGGAGAGGUUAAGUCAUAUUGGAGAUGAUUUGUUGAAAUUUGGGGUGGCUGGAGCAACUAGGCUGGCUUUUUAUAAUAUGGAUUUUGGAUGGGGAAAACCUGUGAAAGUUGAGAUUCCUUCUAUUAAUGUGAAUGCUCUUUCUGUAAUGGAAGGUAGAGAAGGAAAUGGAGUUGAGAUUGGCUUGGGUUUGAUGAAGAAUGAAAUGGAGGCUUUUGCUUCAUUCUUUGCUCAAGGUCUAGCUAAUUAGUCUUGUUCUUGGUUUGUUUUUGUUUAGUUUUCAUUCUUAAUCCUAAUGGGUUUUUGAAUGGAGAAGGCAGAAGGUUCUGUUCAAUAAGUUCUUGAGUGUGCUUGGUUUCUAUGUUGAUUUGUUUUUUUUUUCUUUCUGACUUUUCUUUUCUAUGUGUUUUAUAUGCAUCUUUUUGCUAAUUGAUUUGGAAUAAACUUAUUAUCAAGCUUUAAUGGAACCUUAAGAAUUAGUCUA